CGCCGGGAGCCUGCCGUGGGCUUGUGGGGGCAGGGGCUGGUUUAUCUCACCAGGCCCUGUCCACUCCUCCACUGGCACUCAGGAAGCUGGGGGUGGGGGGGGUCCAGCUGGGCAGGAAGCCCGAGCUCAGCCGGCCGCAGCCCAGAGCAGCCGGUGUCGUCUCGGAGCAUGUGCCUACUUCUGCUGCUGUGGCCCCUGGUGCUGGGGUUCAGCCUGGAAGAUGGCACUCAGACCCACCUCACUUACGACGAGUUGGGGAGCACGGGGGCAGGUGAUGCCGACACACCGGGGCCCCCGCCCGGGCCCCGGGAGGGGACCCCUCUCCCGCCCAAACUGCGCAGCUUCCCCGGCCGGCCCUGGGCCAACAGCAGCGACGAGGUGGAGGUCCCGGACGGCUCUCGGGCGCUGCUGCUGGGCUGGGUGCCCACGAGGCUGGUGCCCGCUCUCUACGGGCUGACUCUGCUGGUCGGGCUCCCCGCCAACGGCCUGGCGCUGUGGGUGCUGGCCACACGGGUGCCGCGGCUGCCCUCCACCGUGCUGCUGAUGAACCUGGCGGUCGCCGACCUCCUGCUGGCCUUCACGCUGCCCCUGCGCGUCGCCUACCACCUGCGGGACCAGCACUGGCCCUUCGGCGAGGCCGCCUGCCGCCUGAGCACGGCCGGGCUGUACGGCCACAUGUACGGCUCCGUGCUCCUGCUGGCCGCCAUCAGCCUGGACCGCUACCUCGGCGUGGUGCACCCGCUCCGGGCCCUCACCCUGCGGGGCUGGCGCCUGGCCACCGGGCUCUGCGCCGUGGCCUGGCUGGUGGCCUUCGCCGUGGCGCUGCCCCUGGCGCUGCAGCGGCAGACCUUCCGCCUGCCGCACUCGGACCGCGUGCUGUGCCACGACGUGCUGCCCGUGGGCGCUCAGGCCUCCUACUGGCGGCCCGUCUUCAUCUGCCUGGCCGUGCUCGGCUGCUUCCUGCCCGUGCUGGCCAUGCUGCUGAGCUACGGGGCCACGCUGUGCACGCUGGCGGCCGGCGGCCGGCGCUACAGGCCCGCGCGGAGGCUGACGGCGCUGGUGCUGGCCUCGGCCGUGGCCUUCUUCGUGCCCAGCAACGCGCUGCUGCUGUUGCACUACUCGGACCCCGGCCCGGACGCCUGGGGGAACCUGUAUGCCGCCUACGUGCCCAGCCUGGCGCUCAGCACCCUCAACAGCUGCGUGGACCCCUUCGUCUACUACUACGUGUCUGCCGAGUUCAGGGACAAGGUGCGGGAGGGGCUGCUCUGCUGGGCUCCAGGCGCCUCGACUGCCUCCAGGGAGGGGGACACCCCGGGCACCGGCACCCGGUCCACCUCGCUCGUGUGAUGGCCCCUUGGAAGAAGAGGGCAAAGAUACACACAGGGAAGAAGGCCAUACAACCACGAGGACAGACACUGGGGGGACGUAGCCACAGCCAAGGAGCCCCACGACCGACAGAGGCCACAGAGGCCGGGACAGCAGCCUGAGUCACUCUCCC